AUGAAGUAUAUUCUUAAAUUGUUGGAUAGUAUAAACCAAUGCUUAAUACCAAAACUAGCAAAAAAUUUUGAUGAACGGGAGAAUCAUCCAGAGUUUGAAAUUCGAAAUAAUACCCUAGAUCAAAACUUCAAAUCUCUUGAACAGUACUUAGGCGAUCUGGAUCUUCCAAAUACCAAAGGAACCGCCACGAUUAUAGCAGCACUUAUUAUUUUAUACAAAGAAUUAGAUUGUGAAUGCCCGUGGAAUGGCGAAAAAUCAAAAGAAUAUUCGAAAAAAUUAAAUAUUUACUUUGAACUUGUUUGUGGUUCUCGUUUGGACACUAUAUUGCAUGAGAACAAAAAUUAUAAUAUACAAGAAAUAUUCAAUAUAUGUUUAGAAAAUUUGCACAGCAAGUUGACAUACGAGAAUUUCAAAAAAUAUCCCGGCCAAGUUGAAGUGUAUUGCUGGCUCGCUAAAGAUUUGAGGAGAUUUCAAGUUAAAGUGAAACCAGCGCAAGUUUUUCCAGCGGCCCUGCUUCUUAUUGAAGAUUAUAUAAAUAUUAAUACAAGCAAGGGACUUAUAUGUUGUUUAUCGAUACUAAGAUGUCUGAAACCUGGUGAUUUUGAAGGUGGUAACUAUUAUGAAGUUAUAUACAGGAGUUUAAAUAAAACUUUCAUUGAGCCAGAUGCGGAUAUAACUAAACUGACUCAUGCUUGUCUGCUAGAGUUGUGUGAAAUUUUUCCUCCUAUAUUUAAGACACAAAAACUCCAAGAAAUGUAUACUGGAAUUCUAGACCAAUUAAUGACUGAAUCAAAUUUAUACAGGAAAGGAGAAUGUUUGAGUUUUGCAAAAUCUAUUAUAGAGAUGCACAAAGUGAACUGUGUCAGUGAGAACACUUUUAAAGUUAUAAUAUGUGAUUGUUUAGAUAUAUGCACUAACGAGGUUGUGGCCGAUAUACUUUUAAAUAAGACAUUUUAG